GAAGCUGACAAGGCACCCUCUUUUAUUCUUUGGAACUCCUUCAAGGCCAUUUAAAGCUUAAAGAAAACUUCCAAAUGACUUCUGUCACUAUUUAAUAAAAAUAAACCGUGGACGGACUUAGGCUUCGCGUUUAAAUCAUUCUGAACAAAAGCAGUUAGGGGGCAUUACUCUUUCAGGGCGCCUUAGAGAUUGUCCUGACAGUCGUGUUCUUAGCCAAGAUUGGUCUGUCUUGGAGUAGCCAGCCCAUACUCUGACCAUGCUCUGGCAGUGUGAGUGAGUUUUAAGAGCAAGGAGUAAACAAGAAGGCGAAGAAAUACAGAUGUCAUUGUGCAUGUUUGGUACGUGGAGGAUUAGCAGAGAUAUCUGAAUGGGAGCCGACUUUGAAUUAAAUCCAUGUUGAGGAGAUUACGUUGAAAUCGUAGAAGUGAUACACUUUUCUCAAGCACACACACUUGAAAAGGAAUCUCCGUUGCUGAUGCGUUGUCCUCCAUCGUUUCUUCUGGAAAAAAAUAAGGAAUAAGGAGAAUAUAAAUUGCCAUUAAUUUUCUAUCCAAGAUUUCUUCUUCGCCCUAAAUGAAUCAACUAUCUAGUAUUCUAUCUGCCAGCUGCAACAACGGUUCUAAUUUGGAUUACUCGAAAAACUACGACAUAAUAGUUGGACUAAUUUAACUUCUUCGCAUCUGAUGCCCAUCAAACGGAAUACUAACAAGGAUUAUACUUCACUGGGAUUGUAGGAGCAUUAUUAGAGUGAUUUUUAAGAUGAUUUCUCUUCGAAUGUCGGCGUUGGGGUUCCUGAAUGUUCGAAUCUCGCUACUGUGUAAGCUGGCUCUCGUCUUACCCGUGGUCGCUGCCGUGCUCAACGAGCCAGGUUCCCUGAUAGAAGAAGCUGUAACGGUCACCGAAGAGGGACUCAACCUCCUACCCGGAGAGUCUAUGUCAUCCAGAGUCAAGCGAGAGUAUACAAACAACCGAGCCGCCAGACGACGAGUCUUCAAGCAGACCGAUCUCAACGGCGAUGGCUUGGUGACCCGGAAGGAAUACGUCAUACGGAAUGGAAACAUGACCGAAGAGGAGCUCGACAUCCUUUUCGGAGCUUUCGAUGUCGAUGGCGAUCGUAGCUUGUCCCAGGAUGAGUUCGUCAGGCACGGAUUCUUGUGGGUCGUCGCUCAAGAAUGUGAGUUUGAAGCGAUAAGACGUUGUGAUGAUGAGUUCGUGUACCUGAUCCGUGCUGCCGACCCCGCUACUGUGGACAACCAACAAGGCAUGCUCUGUAAAGCAUUCCAGACCUAUUUCGAUUGCAUCGAGCACGAGCAAGUCUCCUGCGACAUCACAUCCUACUCCCAAGCGGUAAUCGACCUCAUUGCCACCUACCGCACCGUACACUUCUGUCCCGAUCUCGACUUCGGAGGGCUGAUGUCGAUGACGGACGAUGGCGGUGACGACGAUGAUGAUGAUGAUAUGGUGGUUGAUGACGGGAAUGAUCACACUGAGAUGGAGCCAUCAGAACUGUUGUCGUCUGUGCAGGACCAAGAGACCGAUGAGGAUGGCCAUGAGGUCGUUGGUAACAGGCCUAAAAGGUCCCCUCGCUCAGAACGUCGACAUCACUACGGCUCAAGGUUACCGUGGUGGAGUAGAGGGCUGGGGUCGCUGUUCGGCAUGGGCAAGGACGAUGGCAGCUGCUCGACAUCGGCCCUGAAGUCGUGCACGGAAUCGUUCAACGAUGAGCUCAGAAGCUAUGAGACCAAGGCAGAUUUCUGUACGAGUCUGUCUGAUUAUCGACACUGUGUAUCGAGACAUGCAAGGCGAUGUCAGGAAUUUGAGCUGCUCGAAGUCGAGAAUGGUUUGAGACAGUGGCUGCAUCUUCACCAUAAAUUGGACUUAUGCUGAGAUGUCUGGGUUUGUCUGGACAGACAAAGAUUGUUAAAUUAAUAUGAUAUCCAUGCAUCAGUUCUUUUGAAAUGUAAUCUCAAAGUACGAUUUGCGUUUUUGAUGUUUUUUAACGAUCAUUAUAAUUUAAUCAUCAUUCAUAAAAGCUUUGAGUUUGAAUUAAAAUAGAAUAAGAAGCCUCUUUGCAAAUAAUCAGACAAUCUUUUCUAUUGUUUAAAUUUGAAUUUUAAAAAUACCAUACUAAUGAUAAGAAUGUCGACAAAAAUGGUCGACUGACUUUAACUUUUCUUAAGUACAAUUUGACUCUUUGUUUUAAGGAAUAACAGAAUAGUCCACCCAUUUAAUUUAAGCAGUAUGUAUUUCGUUUCAACGAUUCAAAUAUAAUGAUGUUCUGGUUUGAAAUAAUAAGAACAAUGAUUUCAACAAUCUAUAUCCAAGAUAUAAUGACAUUUAAAGAGACCAAUUACUACUACAUUGUAUAAACUACAUGUAUAUCCUAAUUUAUUUAGGCAGAUCAGAGACGUCACGUACAGAAUUUCAAUCGCUUAACAGCAUAAAACAAUUUCGUUAACUUUUUAGUUCUCAUGUAUGUACUUAAAAUGUGAAGAAAUCUUUCCUUCUUUUUUUUUUCGUUCGUGUGUGUUCGAUAAAUUUGUUACUGAAUAUCCUGAGCUGCAUAAAAUGCGUCUUAUUUUAAUGUUCAUUUUUUUGUACGUUGUAUAUUAAAUGGUAUACAGAUUCAGUCGUUUUGUGAUGAUAAAUUAUGACGUCUACAUUGUUUGAGUGAUUAACGACUAAUAGUAUUCCUUGACGAAUGAUGAUCCAUCAAGUUAUGCGGAGUUUGAAAUAAAUAACAAAAAUGACUAACUUUUGUAAACUUGAAUAAAUACAGUAAAUAAUAUUGACUGUACAAAUUUUGACGUAUUGUAUCUUGUGAUUAAUGUCUACAAUAAUUUGCAUGCUGAACUAUGAGUAAGGGUAAGAUGAUUUUUUUUGGACGUAUCUUAUGUGAUGAUAGUUAUUAUAAUUAUUCAAGUAUUGUUUAAUUUUAACUACUGGAAACCCGAAGAGCAGGAUGGCAUAUGAAAGUGUACAUUGAUGUGUUGAAUAAUGAAUACAAUGAUGAUUAGUUUUAAUUCUCUGUUAUUCUUAUUGACCAUAGUGUUGUGAACAUUAUACGACAAUUAUGUAUGUUGGAACAUUGGCAUGAAUAAAGGGGCUAAACUGGUGGCCAUGCACGCAUGUGCCCCAACCCGCCAAA